AUGUACUGGGCCGAAACAUUUACGUCGUAUAAAGUGAUUAUUUACACCUACAUCGGUUACAAUGUUUCCGAUAUCCCUCCCGGCUAUCCCGCCAUUCUGGGGAACAAAUAUGCCUAUGCAACUGAACUCAUCUACAAUCCUAUCCUAGCCCUUGUUAAGACCUCCAUCCUGCUCUUCCUGUUACGUCUGACCGGUCAGAAGAAGUUGGUGCGCCAGGCCAUAAAGGGUUUGCUGAUAUUCAAUGGCAUCGCCGCUGUGGCCACCUUCUUCAUCACUGUUUUCCGGUGUGUGCCCAUCGCCGCUAAUUGGAACGCGGCCGCGUAUCCCCACGCAAAGUGCCUUGACUUCGCCAAUUUCGUUACUGGUACCGCCUCGGUCUCCAUCUUCACCGAUGUCCUCGCCCUGGGGUUGCCUACGUGGAUCGUAUAUCACCUCCAGAUGCAUUGGCGCCAGAAGCUGAUGCUGAUUGGUAUUCUGUCUUUCGGUCUGUUAACCGUUGCGGCGGGCAUUAUUCGCGUCAUUCUUCUGGACCACUACGACCGUCAUAUACCGGAGAAUUACACCCAUUCGGUUCUCUUCUGCGUGUCGACCAUUGAAGUCGGCCUGUCGUUUGUCGCUGCGUGUGCUCCCUCGUUCAAGCCGCUCAUUGCGCGGCUCGUCCCGAAACUCUUCGGGGGCUCCACUCGUAGUAACCGGUACACCCGCAACGGCCAGUACGCCAACGGCUCCACCAGCCGCAGCAGGCGGUCUGGCUUGAGCUACAACCUCGAGGAGAUGCCGCAUUUCAGCCCGUGCACGCACAAUCAAAACGUCACUCUCGUCCAGGCCGGCGAUAGUGGUCUCGGCUACGGGCCCACCGAAAUAAAUUCCAAGAGCACCAUCACCAUGACCACGGAGAUGGAAGUUACUUAUGACCAGUCCCUUCGCCAGGAGCAGCAUACUAGCAGUACAGAGAGUCUUGUUCGUGGGAGGUAG